AUCAAACGCAGGAUUUGCUGCACCCUUCGGCAGAAUUUCUUUUACAUAACUUAAUAAAAGAGACGAAACAUAAUUUCCGCAAUAAUCUCGCCGAAGAAUCUGUCGUUCGCAGCUAAAGUUCUCGUCUACAUCUUACGAUCUGAUUGUCAGGAACAGAUCUCGGCGAUGGAUAUUCGGUAUAAAAGAAACAGAGCAUCUUCAGAUUCACGUCGUAUUCGCGUGGUAUCUACAUCGAACAGCAUUCGCUGCUGCUUCAACCUCUGCUACAGAUUGGCACUAUUCCAAGGAUAAUCUAAAUCAAUGGCUAAUUACGUAAGAUUGGCUGUCAUUGUCGCUAUUAUCAUCGGAAUCGUUCGUGGAGAGGAAUCCAGUGAGUUCGAGGAUAUUGACAGGAACAUUCUCAAAUUAAAUCUUCCCUACGGCAGAAGAUUGGAUAAUGAAUUGGAGCUGGUCAGAUUGAUGUUAGUGGCACCGCGAUUAUGUCAUCCCAAACGUAAUUCCGAGCUUAUUAACUCGCUAUUGGGUCUACCGAAAAAUAUGCAUAAUGCGGGAAAACGCAAGUAAUUUCACUUGGUUGUAUAAGAUAAUUCAAAGAUAUAUCAGAUAUAUGAAGAUAUAGAAAGAUAUAGAAGAUAGAAGAUAAAAAUACACCUCGUAAAUUAUCCAUCAAAGAAUAUAUAUUAGAACGAAAUAUUUAAGAAAAUCAAACAGGAUUUAUCAGUAAUGUUCCUAGAAACAUGGAUCUUGUAUAAAAUAAAUCAAUACUAAUAAAUGUAAAAAGUCACAUA